UAUUAUUUGCUACCAGAGGUGUGUGACAAUCCACUAGUGUCCAGUCUACCACCGUCGUCCUUCAGAAGCUCCUCCCAGUUCUCCAACAGUCAUGGACCAGGCUUCGCUAAGCUCAACAAGAGAGAAGGUGCUGGUGGUUGGUCCCCUCUGGUCUCAGACAGGGAGCAAUGGUUGGAGAUUGACCUGGGAGAGCGGACCCAAGUCACUACUUUUGCUACACAGGGCCGCUACGGCAGUUCUGAUUGGCUGACAUCCUACCUGCUGAUGUUUAGCGACACAGGACACAACUGGAAACAAUACCGUCAGGAAGACAGUAUAGGGGUCUUUCCAGGUAACAGUAAUGCAGACAGUGUGGUGCAUUACAAGCUACAGCAGCCAGUGAUAGCGCGCUACCUCCGCCUGAUCCCUCUGGACUGGAAUCAAAAUGGACGAAUCGGACUCAGGCUGGAGACCUAUGGAUGUCCUUACAGCUCAGAUGUGGUGAGCUUUGAUGGAAGCAGCAGCCUGCUCUAUAGGAUGAGUCCCAGGCGGAGGCAGACGGCCAAAGACACCAUUUCUCUGAAGUUUAAAACCCUGAGGAAUUCUGGGAUACUUCUCCAUGCAGAGGGCCACAGAGAACACAGCCUGAUUCUGGAGUUAGAGAGAGGAAAGCUAUUCCUAGACCUCCGACAAGGUCAGAGGUUGUCUGCUGACAGUCAGCGUCUGGUCUCCCUCGGCAGCCUGCUGGAUGACCAGCACUGGCACUACAUAUCAGUGGAGCGCCUCAACACUCACCUCAACAUCACUGUGGACAGAAGCACACAGCAGGUGCAGGUCCCAGCAGGGCCUUCCCACUGGGACAUUGACCAGCUUAGCGUGGGAGCAGAGCAGAACCACAGGUCUUUGAGACCAGUGUCCUCCCAGAGUAACUUUCACGGCUGCCUGGAGAACCUGUUUUACAAUGGCCUCAAUCUGAUACACCUGGCUAAACAGAGGGAUCAUCGAGUUACCGUUGUGGGAAAUGUGACCUUUAUUUGUACUGAGCCACUCUCCAUUGCUGUGACCUUCACCAGUCCAAAGAGCUUUCUCCAGCUGCCGGGGACCACAGACCUGUCAUUGGGAGGGAUGUCAGUGGGACUCCACUUCCGAACGUGGAACAAAGCAGGGUUGUUGCUGACCUUUGACCUCCCAAAACAAGAGGGUGUGGUCUGGCUGUAUCUUAGUAAAGCCAGGCUCCAUUUACAUGUCCACAAGGAUGGCAGAGCCCCAGUGGAGCUCAGUACAGGUUCAGGUCUAAAUGACGGUCAGUGGCAUUCUGUGGAGCUGAGCUCUAGUCAAGGUCAUCUAUCCAUCACAGUGGAUGGAGAGGAAGGAGCCACCGCUCACGCUAGCCCAACUUUUCCCAUCAGCUUAGGAGGUUGCCUCAUUUUUGGUGGUUGUCCCACAAAAGACAGCAGUCAGGAGUGUAGGAACCCCUUCAGUGUCUUCCAGGGUUGCAUGCGUUUCCUGACCCUGGGCAGCCAACCUGUGGACUUGAUCAAGGUGCCUCAAAGGCUGCAAGGAAACUAUAACCAACUGCAGAUUGACAUGUGUGGCAUCAUUGACAGGUGCUCUCCUAAUCCCUGUGAACAUGGAGGGAGAUGUAGUCAGUCAUGGAGCACUUUCCACUGCAACUGCUCCGACAGCGGACACAGUGGGGCCACUUGUCACAGCUCAUUAUACGAGCAGUCCUGUGAGGCAUACAAACACAAAGGAAACAUGUCAGGACAUUAUUUCAUUGACCUGGAUGGCAGUGGACCAAUCAGACCUCAGCUUCUCUACUGUAACAUGACAGAGGAGAAGACAUGGAUGGUGAUCCAGCACAAUAACACAGAGCUUACGAGGGUACAGCCAGUGACUGGAAAAACUCAGCAUUCAGCCUACUUUGGUUACUCAUCUGAAGAGGAGCAGCUCGCUGCAAUCAUCAGCCAAUCAGAGGGUUGUGAACAGGAACUGGCCUACCACUGCAAGAUGUCCCGCAUUUUCAAUACACCAGAGGGCUCUCCUUUUAGCUGGUGGGUGGGAGGUCCUGGUUCUGGACAGGUCCAGACUUACUGGGGUGGGGUGCCCCCAGACAGCCAGCAGUGCACCUGUGGCCUUCAGGAGAACUGUCUGGACCCCAAACACCAUUGCAACUGUGAUGCUGAUCGCACUGAAUGGGCUAAUGACUCAGGAUUACUGUCCCAUAAAGAGACCCUCCCUGUCCGCUCUGUGGUGUUGGGGGACCUCAGCAGACCGGGGUCAGAGGUCGCCUACAUGGUUGGUCCUCUCCGUUGUCAUGGUGACAAGAACUUUUGGAACUCUGCAUUUUUCGACAAGGAGACUUCGUACCUCCACUUCCCCACUUUCCAUGGAGAGCUGAGUGCAGACAUCUCCUUCCUCUUCAAAACCACAGCCUCCUCUGGUGUCUUCCUGGAAAACCUAGGCAUCAAAGAUUUCAUCCGAAUAGAACUCAGCUCCUCGUCUGAGGUUCUCUUCUCCUUUGACGUGGGGAAUGGCCCCCUGGAGGUGCGCUUGGAGGCAGGCAUCCCGCUCAACAACAACAGGUGGCAUCGGGUGCAGGUGGAGCGGAACGUCAAGGAGGCAUCACUACGAGUCGAUGCGCUCCCCGCCGUCUCACAGGAGGCUCCCGCUGAUGGACACAUCCACCUGCAGCUCAACAGCCAGCUAUUCAUAGGAGGCACAGCGUCCAGACAGAAGGGCUUCAGGGGCUGCAUCCGCUCACUGCAGCUUAACGGGGUCACUCUGGACCUGGAGGAGAGAGCUAAGAUCACACCUGGGGUCCGGCCCGGCUGCCCAGGACACUGCAGCAGCUACGGCUCGCUCUGCCAGAAUCAGGGCCGCUGUGUGGAGAGGCCCCGUGGUUUCUCCUGUGAUUGUGGCCUGACAGCCUACUCUGGUGCCCUGUGUCAAAAAGAGGUAUCAGCCAUCUUUAAAUCUGGGACCUCAGUGCACUACAUUUUCCAGGAGCCCUUUGAUGUGGGCAGGAACAGCAGCACACCACCGACCUCCAUCUUCUCUGAUAUGACGCUGAGAGGCGAGAACAUUUCCCUGAACUUCAGGACCAGUCAGAGUCCAGUUCUCCUCCUCUACAUCACCUCCUAUUACAGAGAAUACCUUGCCCUGCUGGUCAACAAGUAUGACAAGCUGGAGUUGAGGUAUAAGCUGGAGAGCAGCAGGGAUGCUGAGGUGCUGAGGAGCGGAGUUAGAAACCUAGCCAAUGGACAGCUACACUCACUCACCAUCAGAAGACAAGCAAGAGCUGUUUCCAUCCAGCUUGACCAGAACGUAGAAGAGAAGUUCAAUCUGACAUCUGAUGUAGAUUUCAACGGCAUCAAUUCACUAGUUUUGGGCAAAGUGCAUGAAUCUGAUGUGUUGGAUCCAGAUGUGGCCCAAUUGGCCAGUUUGGGUUUCACUGGUUGUCUGUCAGCUGUCCGGUUUAACACCAUCAACCCUCUGAAAGCUGCUCUGCUCCACCCUGACACCAGUUCUGUCAUCAUCACUGGCCCAUUGGCCCAAUCCCACUGUGGCUCCUCCUCUCCAGCCAAUCCCUAUUCAUCAGAAACCACACAUCACCAAUCAGACAAGUCUGGUUCAAUGGGUACAGGUCAACCCUUAGUCAAUGCCAUCAGGAGUGACUCGGGUCUAAUUGGAGGUGUGAUAGCGGUGGUGAUAUUUGUGACUGUGUCUGCACUAGCGAUAAUGGCCAGAUUCCUGUACAGGAGGAAAGGGACGUUUCAGAGCCAGGAAGUAAUGACGGUCAAAGCAGACGACACCGCAGAGCUGCCUUUCAACAGCCAGGCUGGCUCACAGAAAGUUCUGAGUGAGAACCAGAAGGAGUAUUUCAUAUAG